AUGUCCAUGGACAAGAAAGUCCAGGCUGUGGGCUCCCCCUGCCACUGCCAGUCUUGGGUCAUUGGGGCCAUGGAGGGAGCAAGCAGCUUCUGGCUCAGGGAGAUGUUUUCCCGCCCUGUGAAGCUUGCACCAUCCAGGGGGACUGUUCUUUUAAUCCCUGUUGCAGCCUUAUCUACACACUCGACCGGAAGCCACCAUUUGUUCCUCCAUCGGAAUCGUGUUUGUCUCUCUGCCCAGCUGCCGGUGGAUCCUCCACUAAAUAAACGAGGCAGAAACAGGGUGCCUUGUCACUCCCAAUCGUUGACUAAUGUCUCAGAGAGCAACAGAGGCCAGGUCGGGGGUGAGGAGUGGGUGUGUGGCUGCAGAAACUUGCAAGCGAGGCCUCGUCUGCUGCGUAACUGGGUCAACACCUCCACCUCGGCCUCAGCCCACGAUUUGCAUGGACCAGAUCAGCCAGAGACUGGCGACGAAACCUUUGGGGAACCUAGAGGACUAGGGCAGCAAGAAGCAGGAAGAGGGGAGAAAACGUGUGUUCGGGUGUCAGAGAUGCGAGACGGCAUCUUGACUUUGCCACUUAGCGGUCGUGUGACCCUAGCAAGUUCCUCAGGCUCUCUGGCUCUCAGUUUCCUCACCUGUGAAGUCGGAAUUUCAGUGCGUUCCUCACAGAGUCGUUAUGAAGAGCAAAUAGACACCACAGCUGAAUGCAAUGUUUAAAAUUUGUCAAACAAAAAUUGGGG